AUGUUUACAUCUGGGUACUUUAGUUACGGAAAUGUUCAUGCUGAGGAAAGGGAUCUUUUCCUUAUUCGUGGGAGAAGAAGCUACGUUGUAGCUGAAAUCGAUGCUUCACUGUUUGAAACCCAACAAUUGCUUUUGGAGAAGCUAGAAAGUUCUCACCUUGACAUGGAAGAAGAAAAAACACUCGUGGCAGACAAGAAAGUGACAAAGAACGAGGUUGUUCUAAGAAUUUCAGACACAGAAGAGGCUUUGUACAUAACGAAGGAUAGCACAUAUUGUAGAAGUUCCCCAGUAGCUGAAAACACUUCCCAUUCUCCUCAGCACAAUACCCAGAUGGGUAAAGGGUUCAGAGAUUCACAUGGUGAAGUCACUGAACUUGAGAGUCUCAGAAACAAGGGUGAAGCUUCCACGGAGUUGGUGACAACAACACGUGGGUUGUUGGGUCGGUCGGAAUUUUCGAAGCCAAAGUCCAGAAUGGUGGAACAUCCAUGUCCAAAAGGUGCAAAAGUUGUUGAAGGAAAAGCUCAAAUGACAAGUUCCAAUUCAUCUUCAAGGAAUUCUCCUAACAAGAAUGUUACAGUUAAUGCUCCAAGGGAUGCUAUUGAUGCAACCCUUGUUACCCCACGAACCCCUUUGAUUGGAACACAAGGGGAAGAGGAAGAUGAUGUAGAAGAAGAAGUGUACAAGACUGCAAAUAUUGAAGUGAGCAAGAGGUUUGGUAAGAAGUGGAGAGUGAUGGGUUUGUUUGAGUGGUUUUCUUUUGUUUGUAUUGUGGGGAUUUUGAUUGCAAGCUUGAGUGUGUAUAAGUUGCAACAUGUGGAAAUAUGGGGCUUGGAAGUGUGGAAGUGGUGUGUAUUGGCAUUGGUUAUUCUAUGUGGUAGAUUGGUCACUGAGUGGUUUAUCAAUGUUCUGGUUUUCUUGAUUGAAAGGAAUUUCUUGUUUAAAAGGAAGGUUUUGUAUUUUGUUUAUGGUGUUAAGAAGAGUGUUCAGGCUUUCAUAUGGCUGAGUUUGGUACUUUUGGCAUGGGGUUUGCUUUUCAACCAUGGAGUUAAGAGAACAAGGAAAGUUACUAGGAUUCUUAGUUAUAUUACUAGGGCUCUUGCGUCUUGUCUUAUUGGAGCAGCUAUAUGGUUACUAAAGACACUGUUGAUAAAGCUGUUAGCUUCAUAUUUCCAAUCUACUAGAUUUUUUGAUAGGGUUCAAGAAUCAAUCUUUCAUCAAUACAUUCUGAGGGCUCUUUCUGGCCCUCCCUUGAUAGAGAUGGCUGAAACAGUAGGCAAGACUUCAAAUAGUGGCCGACUCAGUUUCAAGACCAUGAUUAGAGACAAUAAGAAUGAAGGGAAGAAAGAACAAGUCAUUGAUGUGGACAAGCUCAAGAAAAUGAACCAAGAGAAAGUUUCUGCUUGGACCAUGAAAGGAUUGGUUAAUGUGAUAAGGAGUUCUGGGUUAUCUACCAUCUCCUAUACUCCUGACGGUGUCGAUGAAGACGAGAGUGACCAGAAGGAUAAUGAAAUUACUAGUGAGUGGGAAGCAAAGGCAGCUGCUUAUCGAAUUUUUAGGAAUGUAGCAAAGCCAGGAAGCAAGUACAUUGAGAAGGAAGACCUCUUGCGAUUCAUGAAAAAUGAAGAAGUGGAAAAUGUGUUUCCACUAUUUGAAGGUGCAGUUGAGACUGGAAAAAUUAAGAGGAAGUCUCUGAAGAACUGGCUGGUCAAAGUCUACCUUGAACGCCGAUCACUUGUGCAUUCACUGAAUGAUACCAAAACAGCCGUUGAUGAGUUGAAUAAGCUUGCUUCUGUAAUUGUCCUUCUGGUGAUCGUCAUUGUGUGGCUACUUAUAAUGGGUUUCUUAACCACUCAAGUUCUUGUCUUUAUUUCAUCUCAGCUUUUACUUGUGGUAUUUAUAUUUGGAAACACAGCUAAGACUGUAUUUGAAGCUAUUAUAUUUGUUUUUGUGAUGCACCCAUACGACGUUGGUGAUCGUUGUGUGAUUGAUGGUGUUCAGAUGAUUGUAGAAGAGAUGAACAUACUUUCUACAGUCUUUUUGAGAUAUGACAAUGAAAAGAUAUUCUAUCCAAAUUCUGUUCUUGCAACCAAGCCAAUCAGUAACUUCUACAGGAGUCCAGAAAUGAGUGAUUUGGUUGAAUUUGCAGUUGAUGUUUCUACUUCUAUUGAGAGUAUUGGAGCUUUAAAGGCGAGGUUAAAAACAUACUUGGAGAGUAGGCCACAACACUGGCAUCCCAGUCACAGUGUAUUGGUGAAGGAUAUUGAGAAUGUAAACAAGAUGAAAAUGGGUUUGUCUGUUACUCACACCAUAAAUUUUCAAAAUUAUGGGGACAGAAAUAGCCGAAGAUCUGAAUUAGUCCUGGAGUUGAAGAAAAUUCUUGAAGAUCUUGAUAUUAAAUAUCAUUUGCUGCCACAAGAAGUUCAUCUUAGUUAUGAAAGGUCAGAAGACUCAACGGCGCGAACAUUUUGA